GUGUUCUCUGCACAAAUGAAUAACGAUAUGAGCUUUACAGAACAGCACGAAACUAUGGAUAAGAGAGAAGCCUUUUUGACUGCUUGGAGGAACGUUUUUCCAACAGCAAAACUUCCCGAUACAGACUUUUUGCAAUUUUGUGGUUGUGGUAGCGAUUCAUCAAAUGAACAUGUUUUAGAGCGGUUCAACUUGUGCAAGGAAAGGCUUGACAACGCUAUAAACGAGGUAAAACGAGAGGGAUUCAUUUUAAAAUGGCUUACAGAAGUUCUGAAUGUUUCAGAUACGAGAAACAGCGAUUCAGAGCUCGACAAAGUAGUAAACCUUUUCUUUCCAAGCACGUUAAAUCAGCCUUCGACGAAUUGGCACGAACAGGACAUGGUCGACGACUCUUCGGUCGUUGUCAUACAGAUAGGCGGCGAAGGAUCGGAAUUUCACAAUUUGACAGAAGUGUGUUUGCUAAAGAGCGAAGACAGUAAUUUAUUAAAUGUUUGCAACUUAAAUGAGGAGUCCAAGCCAAUUAGCAACGAGACUAAAGCGGGAUUUCCUCCUGACGAGUUAGAGCUCAAUGUGGACGGAAGUGAAAAGGUGAAACUGGAGUUUGGUUUCAAUAACAAACAGGGGAACUCUGGGGCAGCGUCUGGUAAAUUAUUUAGUGAGGAGAAUAAUGAAUUCGGUGAAGAGAAAAGCUUGUUGCUUGAUGAUAUUAAUAUAGCAGAGGGUAAUAAACUCUCCGCCAAUAACAAUACGGAAAAGGGAAGUGAAAACGAUGUCAGGCUAACAAGGACAAAUGAUGAGAGAAUCCCCACGGGUUCUGCUGAGGAGGAAGAAAUUGAAGAAAUGGAAGACGAAUCGCACGAGUUAAAUUCUCCUGAAGGCGAGAAACCAGCUGGUUUAAGAAAUCGAACAUUUGCCACCGUUUUCUCACCUUUGGCCAAGGGAAUAAACAAAGCCAGACUGAAAGGAAAGAGACAUUUAGCGCGUUCGUCUGGCCCAAAACACAAACGAAGCGACUCGCAUGAAAGCACGACAAGUGGCGAUGAUGUAGAUUUGUUGAAUCAUUCAGAAAGUAAAACUUUUGAGAAACUCGAUAGUGAAGUUUUGUUAGACAAUGACGAUGCUGAAGUUCAUGUGAAGUCGUCGGACGAUAUUUGUGCGGCAAAUCAAGAAAGCAAGGCAGCUGACAGCGAAGGGUGUUUGGCAGCGAGUUGUCGGGUCGAUCGUGAACUUGUUGACUUUACUAGACAGGGAACCUCAGACAACAAUGCUGUUGAAAAGAAAGGCAUGAACUCUCAGGAAGACAGGUGCGAGGAGGGAACAAUCGAAGAAUCACCCGACGUUAUUAUUGAAGUUGUUGAUGAACUCAUAUCCUACUUAGAAGGGAUCGAAGUUGUUAGUAGUGAUGAACUGGAAGGGGAAUCGCCCCAUGCUUCUGAGUUAGAUGAUUUUAUGUUAUUUGGCGGGGUCAUAAGGCCUCGAAAACCCCUCCGAUCAAGAAGACAACUGGAUUCAGUGCUCUCUGCUGGCAAUGUUAGUUUGAUGAGCGCAGACUCCUGCGUCAGUCCAUGGGCUAUAGACGUAGCAGCCUCUGAGAUGCAGUCAGCUGAUUCAUCAGAGCAAGAAGACAAUGCAUCUUGUGAUUCUAGCGAGGCCAGACCCAGUGAGGGAGCUUCCCUGAGUCUUCCUAGUGUGGAAUCAUCCAAGCAGCCGGUGGGGGACAGCACCCCUCCUCCAGUCAGGCCUCCUCGCCGUAACAAAACUGAAAGACGGUCACGCACAUUAGAUUCACCGAAGCCACUAGGACCCAUGAAUACAGAUGAUGAUGAGGUCUUUGGAAGAGAUGAUAAGGGAUAUGAAGGUGACUAUGAGACCCUCACACGCCGCUUGCCAAAGAGAAGUGCCAGUGAGCAAGUUCGCUCUCACAGCCAAAGUACAGAAAAUGAUGAUCACAAGAAACUCCGCAAGGCUAGAGGCUCCCAUGUAGUGAUUGGAGAUGAUAAUGUUGAUUUUCCAUCUUCUCCUGUGCCUUCCCCUGCUGGAAGUCCUGCAAAGCAUGCAGAACCCAGUUCUGAUGACAAAGCUGAAAAGCUACACAAGAGGAAGUGGGUUGUAGCUGCUGUUUUAGACAGUGAGAAGGGAUACCUAGAAUGUCUUAACAUGUUAUACAAACACAUGAAGCCUUUGAAGUUGUCUAUUGAGUCGUCAGCUCCAAUCUUAACCUCCGUUGACUACAACAAGAUCUUUCACAAGCUGGAUGAACUGCACACAAUCCACACUGUGUUUUACAAUGACCUGGAGGCACGUGUGUCGCACUGGACCGACCGCCAUCUUAUUGGAGAUUUGUUUUUGAGUUUGGUGGAUCAGUUUGAAGUCUACAGAGAGUACAUAUUAAAUUACAAAACUGCUUUAUCAACAAUAAGAAAAUGCAAAGCAAGUAAUGAGCAGUUCAACAACAUUUUUUCUAAGGAACUCAAUGUACAGUCUAUCCAAGAAGUGACUACUCUAGAAGGUCUUUUCAGUAAGCCAGUGGAUCGCGUGGGCAGAUACAUCGUUGUCCUUGGGGACUUGAUCAAACAGACGCCGGAUGAUCACGCAGAUUUUGAACUUUUAACAAAUGUACUGAACUCGACCAAGGAGUUUCUUGCAAAAAUCAGUGGUGAUGACAGAGAUGGCGGGAGUAUGCCUGGCAGAGUGAAGAGAGAUCACAGACUCAUAAAAGAUGGAUUUAUUGUCGAGCUUUCAGAUGGAGUUCGCAAAUUUAGACAUCUCUUCCUAUUCAAUGACUACAUCAUUUGCACAAAGAGAAAAAUAACUGCCAGGAGCGAACAGUAUGUGUGCAAGUGGUAUGUGCCUUUGCAAGAUUUACAGUUUCAUCCCACGGAGAUCUCAGAAGCGCCGCAAGUCAUUCCAGUAACGAGCAAAGCUGAUUUUGAUUUGUUGAAGAGCAGGAUUGCAAACACCAAAGCGGAAAUCCGACGAGAAGAAGGGGUCAGUGGUUUUCACAGCCCAGAUUCCUCGCCUUCAAGCAAGCGACGUCGGGCACAGUCCACUUCAAAGAUUGUGGAAAAAAUGAAGAAGCGUCUAGCUGAGCAGGAAGCUGCCCUGCUCUUGGCCGUUCCCAGUCUACCAUUAACACUGUAUCACAAGCAGGGAAAGACCUACACAUUGCUUUGUAAAAGUGAUGUUGAGAGAGCUGAGUGGAAAGAAGCGAUAAUUCCGCUUUUAGAGCAAACGCAAGAUAAUCCUUCAACUGACGGCCAGCUUAGCAUGAUAGAACUUCACCACUUUUUGGAGGCUUGUAAGAAGCUGAGAACUUGCAGAUCAUUGGGUAAAGUUUCCAUGAAAGAAGACAAGGGUCUUUUGAAUGGUCUACUGUACGUGCAGAUACAUUCUGGUCGAGGAUUUCACAAAAACGAUCUUAGUUGCGUGAUAGAAGUUGAUCAUUUCGGUCAGUUUGUCCGAAAGGCCAAGACCAGAACAUGUAAAGCAACAACUGACCCUGUGUGGGACCAGGACUUUGAUAUCGAGGUGGAAGGCACAAGAGAACUAAAGCUGCACGUGUACUCCAAAAGCAGGCUUAACUUUGACGAACAUUGCGCGCAGGGAAAAAUAGAGCUGUUAAAGGAAAACCUGACGGAUCUGAAGAAGCAGACCAUCACGAUCACCUUGGAUAAACAGGGUGCCGUCACGCUAUCACUACAGUACUCUAAGACCCCUCAUGGAAUUCAGAGGAAAAAAUCGCUAAGUGAGAAGGGAGUGUUUGGAGUUGAUAUCGCGACAGUUUCAAGACGAGAAGAAAGCGACAUUCCUUUGGUUGUCAUCGGAUGCGUGCAAGAAAUCGAAAGAAGAGGCAUGGACGAAGUAGGAAUUUAUCGUUUAUCUGGAGCAACGUCAGAAGUCCGUAGGCUGAAAGAAGCUUUUGACAACAACAGUCAAAGUGCUCUGGUGCAAGUGGCCGAAGCGGACAUCCAUGCCGUGGCAGGACUCCUUAAGCUUUACCUCAGGGACCUUCCAGAGCCGCUGUUUACAGACGACCUUUAUCCUAAUUUCGUGGAGGCAAAUGGUAUCAAAGAUCCCGAAGAAAAGAAGAAAGCAAUGAUGGAGCUGUUUGAAUCGUUGCCCAAACCAAACCGCCACACCAGCAUCUAUCUACUCGAUCAUCUUAGAAGACUAAGCGAACAUCAAGAACAGAAUAAAAUGGGGCAAAAUAACCUGGCGACUGUCUUUGGUCCGAACAUUCUUCGUCCAUCGUCAGGCUCCACAGACCCGACCGACCUCGCUAAAGGAACUCUCGACGUCAUGAGCCAAGUCGGUAUCUUCCUCUGGUUCCUUAAGUUUAGUUCUCUCCAGCUCCCCGCGGAUCCAGAACUCAUGCAUAGACUGGAUCCGAGAAAAGGCACGGAUGCUGCUCCAGUUCAAGGUCAGCAAGAUAGGCUCAUAUAAUAUCCCAAGAUGCAUCAUGGUAGUUGGUCUCGACUUGGUGAAUCAGGCAACAUGGUACGUAUUGUUCGAGUGAAGGUUCACCAGCGCGAACAACAAACAGUUACAAACACAUACUUCUCCAACGUGCGUCGGGUUAGCCGAAGAGUCAUAUAUGUUAUUGUAAACGAGAUGGCUUGUUCCUCGUGGGCGCCAUAUUGGAAAAGUUUUCAUAACUCCACGGAGUUGUAAGUUUUGAAAAUGUCGUGAAACGUUUUAAUUACGUAGAUUUGCCUUCAUAGUUGAAAAGCAAUAUAAAGACGCCUAGGAAAUGUUCAAUUGAAAGAGGAAAAAAGUUUCCAGUUGCUUUUUUUUCAGUUUUCAGUCCUUAAAGGACAGGCUGUUUGUAAGUGAUGUUGAAAUUUUACGUUCUUUAGUUUUACGUUCUUAUUACAAAAUACGAAAACUAUUUUUAGCGUUUAGUUGUGUCUGAAUGGAUAUAUGAAAUGCAAUUUUCUUGUUCAUCACUGAUGAUAAGUGAUAUCUUGAAACACAUUACUUAAGUUUAAAAUCGCCCAGGAAGGUUUUUUAAUAUUUGUCAAGAAUUUGGAUAUCAUUCGUGCUCCCGUCGGAUAAAUAUUUUGUAAACAAUUUAUAAGGGUUGUUUAACGAACUUAAAUGAAUUAAAUUUUUGUAAUGCCAUUGUCACUCCCUGAACUGGAGGGAGUGUGUGGGGGCCAGUUAAGUUCGCAAGGAUAUCUGGGAUCGUUCAAGGACAGGAAGACUGCGUGGUUGGUAGGUUGAAGAGUUUGGUGCUGAAGUUUGAUGUAAAAUUUCGCCCCCGUUAGUACUAAAAGCUUUCGACAAACGUGUUGGGCGAUGAGGUCUUGAUUCAUAAUAUUAGGGAGCUUAAGAAACCACGACGGUGACACCGAGGACAACGUCGAUUAAAAAAUGAUUUUAUAUUUUACC